AUAAAAUAAGGUUGGUGGAAGUCAUUAUGCGAGUUCUGACAAAAAAUUAAGAGAUUCCUCCGGUUAUAAAAAGACGGGAGUGGAGAAAAGGUGGCGGUCGGAGUGGUGGAGGUGGUGUUGGGGGGCGGUGAUGCCGAUUCUAAAUCUAAUAAAGAGGCUUUCGGAACAUUCUAUGAGAAGACAUGGUGUUGCCAUGGUGGCUGUCAAAGAUUAGCGACAACUCAUCUUUUCCAUGGCCGCUUUUUAAACCCCUCUCUCUUUUUCUUCCCUUCCUCGGGGCUAAUCAGCUUUUCCUCUUGUUUUUGUUUUUUUAAUCAGCUAAAGAUAAGAGUAUUAGCAUUGUGGUGGUGGCCCUCUCAGGUCGGUUUUUUCUAGGCUUUGUCUCCCACAGCUAUAGUGUGUGUACAUAUAUUAUAUAUUUCCAGUGCUUUGCACUUUGUUUCCACUGUUUUGGAAUCAUCCCUCUUUUGUAUUGAUUCUUCUCUCCACCUUUGCUGCUUAUCUUGGACCAUUCCAUUGCAGUAUUGCACUACCCUUUCACUGUCUACCUCUCUUGUCCUAAGGGUCAUUUCCCUUGGUUUUGAGAGGCCUAUCUGUUAUUUAGUUCUGCUUUCUAGAGUUGAAGUUUUCUUGAGAUUACUGUGAAGGUGAAAGGAGCUAUCAAGAUGAAGUUCAUGAAGCUUGGGUCAAAGCCUGAUCUGUUUCAGAGUGAGGGUGACAAUAUCAGGUAUGUAGCUUCUGAAUUGGCAACUGACAUGGUCAUUGAUGUUGGAAACGUGAGAUUUUAUCUACACAAGUUUCCCCUUCUGUCCAAGAGCGCUUGCUUGCAACGGCUGGUCGCCUCUUCAAAUGGAGAGAACCCCGACGAGAUUAAAAUCCCGGAUAUACCCGGUGGACCCGCUGCAUUUGAAAUCUGUGCAAAGUAUUGUUACGGCAUGACAGUCACUCUUAACCCGUACAACGUGGUUGCCACCCGCUGUGCAGCAGAAUACCUGGAGAUGAACGAAACAACCGAAAAAGGCAAUCUUAUCUACAAAAUUGAAGUCUUUCUCACAUCAAGCAUCUUUAGGACCUGGAAAGAUUCUAUCAUUGCCCUUCAGACAACAAGAUCUUUUCUUCCCUGGUCAGAGGAUUUGAAAAUUGUUAACCGCUGCCUAGACUCCAUUGCUUUUAAAGCAUCAAUCAACCCUGCAGAGGUUGACUGGUCAUAUACCUACAACCGUAGGAAGCUUCCAUUCGAAGACGGAAGCUUCCAUACCCCUGUCCCAGAUGACUGGUGGGUGGAGGAUCUUUGUGAGCUUCAUAUAGACUUAUACAAACGAGUCAUAAAGGGUAUAAAAGGUAAAGCAUCUGGUAAGGUGAUCGGAGAAGCGCUGAAAGCAUAUGCUUAUAGGAGGCUGCCGGGGUUCAAUAAGGGCACAAUAAAAGGCAACGAUCCUGUGAAGUGCCGGCACGUGGUUGACACCAUUGCGUGUUUAUUGCCUGCUGAGAAAAACAGUGUUCACUGCAGUUUCUUACUGAAACUUCUCCAAGCGUCGAUCGCUUUGGAAUGUGGAGGAACACAGAAAAGGGAGUUGAUCAAAAGGAUAGGAUUGCGGCUGGAAGAGGCUACAGUGGCUGAUCUUCUCAUUCAAGAAUCCAUUGACAUAGUUCAAGAAGUAGUGGAGCAGUUUGUGAUGGGGGAAGGAAGUGAUCGGGUUGAAUGUAGACAAGACACUGUGUUUGAGCCGAAUGCUUCGAAGGCUAAGGUGGCUACGCUGGUUGAUGGAUACCUCAUGGAAGUGGCAAGAGAUCCUAGUCUGCCUUUGCCAAAAUUUGUUGGUCUCGCUGAAAUGGUCUCAGGAUUCCCCAGGACAUCACAUGAUGGAAUUUACCGUGCGAUUGACAUGUAUCUCAAGGUAAAUUAUUUCCUUCUUCUUUUCGCAAUCAAAGGAUAUUAAUGUGUCACUUUUGUUGCCUAAAUAUGCUCAAGAAACUAAACAUAAGUCAUGUGCAUAUAUAGUGAUUUUUAUGAAAAUAUGACUUGUUCGAUCCUAAAAAAGAAUAGCACCUACUACAGUGGCAUCAUAUUUUCGUAAAAACCCAUGGAUAGUUUUAUCUGAAGAAAUUUGUUAGGGUUAGUCCUAUAGUUCAUUUCCCCCUUGCAGGAGCAUCCUGGGAUCACUAAAAGCGAGAGAAAAAGAAUAUGUCGGCUAAUGGAUUGCAAGAAGCUAUCAGCUGAGGGGUGCAUGCAUGCUGUCCAAAACGAGAGGCUUCCAUUACGGGCUGUUGUACAGCUUCUGUUCUUCGAGCAACUACGAUCCGCGACCACAUCAUCUGAUGAGGUCAGCAGCAGCAGCACUACUACAUCCAACCUACCGGGAGGAGGGUCGCACGGGAGCUCUAGGACAGUCACGGAGGGGGACGAAGAUUGGGAUUCUGUUCGACCUGUCCCUACAGCAGAGGAGGAAAAGAAGCUCAAAGCCUUAAAAGUGGAGCUUGCUAACCUGAAGUUAAAGGAAAGUGCUAUAACGAAAACAAGAGCUGUUGCUUCGGAGGAGGUGAAGAGUUUAAUAAUGUCAAAGAAGAAGAAGAUAUUCUCAAAGAAGAUGUGGAGAAGUAACAAAGAUGGACAAAGUGAAAACAGCAGCUCCGAUACCUCGGACAGCCCUGCCGCAUCAAGAAGCAGGCGACAUUCAUUGUCUUCCUAGUUUUUGCAUUGUCAUAUUGUUUAUGUUAUUUUAAUUGUGUGUUUGUGCUUAAUUAAGUAUGUAGAGCAUCUAAUUAAGGAAAAAACAGCGUCCGCGUCUCGGUUUUGCAUUCCAUUUUAUUAUCACCUCUAUUGCGAAAAAUAUGUGGUAAUAUCUUUCUACCGUUACAUUAGCAGUGCCGUUUAAGAAUUUGCAUUUCCCUGUUAUCAUCAAUAUAGAUAGUAUUUGUUAAGGCCAGCAAUUGGCAAUCUCAAGUUGAAAGUGGUAAAAUAAAUUUAUAAACCGGACCAUGAUAUGAUCAUAUGAACACUCC